UUUCCAGACGCAACAGCUUCCGGUGUCGAUCGAGUUUUGACGUUCGUCGGUCUAAUUUUUCUGCGUUAACAUGRGCUCUCUGACUUUGAACUCUUUGAAACAAAUAAUGAGAGUAAUGGUGGACAACGCGGGCUUUGACCGAGUUUUGAACAAGGUGAAUGUCAUGUCAGCCGGCCCGGGUAAGGUGGUGUGCGAGCUGCGGGUGGAGGAGGAGCACACUAACCGGGGUGGGACGCUGCACGGCGGGUUGACAGCUACUUUGGUGGACGUCAUCUCCACCAUGGCCAUCAUGAACAGUGAGAGGGGAGCCCCCGGGGUCAGCGUGGACAUGAACAUAACGUACAUGAACGCUGCCAAGGUAGGGGAAGAUGUUCUCAUCACUGCACAGGUGCUCAAGCAGGGGCGAACGCUCGCAUUCGCCACCGUGGAUCUGACCAGCAAAGCCACUGGAAAGCUCAUUGCUCAAGGAAGACACACAAAACAUCUGGGCAGCAGCUAAAAUCUUUUCUGCACUUGCAAGUCAAACGUGUCUGACUCUGUACUGUCAAAACCUGGGACACUGGGUGAAGAUAUAAGCUGCUUUCUGAAUGUAAAUAAGUUUGAAGAACAAAAACUGUAAAAUUUGCCAAGUGCUACAACUCCAUCUUCACAACAACUUGUCUUGUGUAAUAAGCAGUCAAUCCCGUUCCAUUACUCGUUGAUUUGUGCACAUGCAAUAAAGCAACUGGACAAAGA